AUGGGCCGUACGGAGGAAUCAUUAAUCCGGGAACUAUUUAGCAACCUAACUUGCGAUGGCAGGACUCCCUCCCAACUCCUUCGUUAUAUGAAAAGCCGACUCGGCAAAAAUACCAUGGCUGACUCUAUAUUAAAAAGCUUGUGGCUGGACCGUCUCCCCACCACCAUUACCCAAAUUUUGGCGCCAAUGUCCGAAAACACCUCGAUCGAUCAAUUAGCGGACGCCGCUGAUCGUAUUUUCUCGCAACUGGAUAAUCAGACAAUGCCAGUACACAGUGCUGAAGCGACUAGGGACCACAGCUCCUUGGAAAAAACAGUCGAGGAUUUGCAGCGCCAAGUUAAAGAUUUAACAUUAGCUCUAAAAAGUCAGGGUCGAAGCCGGUUCCCUUCCCGCCGGCGCUUCAGAAGUCGACCUCGCUCGUCAAGUCGGAACAAGGAUGCCACUCCUACUAUGUGUUACUACCACCGACGAUAUGGGUCUAAAGCUCAUUACUGCGUCAAGCCGUGUACUUAUACUGCGGUCGCGGAAAACAAAACCGCCAGCGAGUGA